UCCAUUGUGAUCGAAAUAAACAAAAUGUACAAGCUUACCCUUACUGUCUGUGCUUUGGCACUUAUCCAGUCCAUCUCAGCUCAAUAUAUCGGAGCGUAUAACGGACUAGAUAUCGCCGGAGGAUACGGAUGGGCAGGCGCCGUCGCUCCAUGGGCCGCUUCAUGCGAAACCAUCGCUCCAGUAGCCGCACCAUGUGAAACUAUCGCUCCAAUUGGCAUCUGCGAAUCUGCAUGGACGGUGCCGUUCGGCAAUGGAUUCGGACCGGCUGCGCUCGCCGCGUCCAAUGGCAGAGGUUUGACUGUGACCAGUGCGUCGCCCAUCGCACCCACUGGGGUGUACAUGACGUCAGAGAACGCGUACGAGGGCCCGCUAUCUGUGACCGGCGCUAUCCCGUUCUUGGGCGCCGUGGCUCUGGAAGGCGCCCUGCCCACCGUCGGAGGCGGUGCCGUCACGUAUGGCUGCGGGAACGGCAACGUGGCGAUGAUCAGCGAGGACCUCGCCGCUGGCUUCGGCUACUCCGGCCUCGCUUACGACGGUCUCGCCGGACCGUACGGCUACCCUGGAGCGUACGGCCGUCCUGGAGGUUACGGCCAACCAGGAUAUAGCGCGUGUACUGGCCCUUGGUACUGAAGUGUUACUAUAGUUUUUAUAAAUAAACUUUUGUUUUUAUCAAAAGAUCUGUUUUUUUUCUUUUUAAAAAAUAGCUAUUGCACGUGUUAGGUAAUAGUAUUUAUCUAGGAUAAACUCGAUUAAUAUAUUAAAUAUAUCAACAAACCAUA